CGCUGUGUUACAUGUGGUCGUGUGUAUGUGAGUGUAUUUAUUCAUAACCAAGAGAACAAAUCGAGUCACAAAAAAAGAAACAAAAACAGAAGAGGAACUGUGACUUAUUACCGAUAAUUGCGAUUGGUCACAGGCACAUUAACAUCGCCCAUCGCUUGUGGAGCUGUAUGAGUGUGUGUGUGUGCGUGUGUGCGGGUGUGUGAAUGAAAAACUUGCAACUGUGAAAAUAUAACCAAAAAUAAAGGCGAUUUUGUCUUGAGUGCGUUGACUCCCCGCCAGCGACAGUGACGUAGCCCAUCAACAGCUGGGAAGUUGCAGCAGUUGGAGCAGAAUUAAAAUACUGCUUUCGUUCAGCAGCAGCGACUCGGGCGGCCAUGGCGGACACGGCGACAGCAGCGACAACUGCGGCGGCCUCCAAGAAAAAGUACAGAAAUAAAAAGAAAAUACAGCAGCAGCAGCAGCCACCACAAAAGUCAGAAGCAAAGCCAGCACAAGCAGUCAAGGCUAUUGUGCACCAGGCAAAUGGGCACGUCGUCCAGUCUGAGACUGAUGAAGCAAAUGUGUCCUUAAUCAAUGGCAUCAUGGAGCAGGUGCAACUGUGCAAUGGCCAUGCCAAGGAAGGGGCCAAGGCAACAGCUGAGCCAAUGGCUGGCACGGCCCCAGUUGCGGCCACUGUUAAUGGCCAUGUCAAUAAGAAUACUGCUAUCAACAACAACAAUCACAUUAACAAUAACAACAUCAGCAGCAACAACAACAACGAUGUCAACAACAUCAACACCGGUAGCCGCAACAGAAGCAAUAAUAAUAAUAGUAGCAGCCGCAGUAAGGCGAAAAACAACAACAAGUCCCAAACAUCGAUCGAGGAAUCGGAAAGCGGGGAGCAGGAUCAGCAAACGACAAGCGUAUCAACAGCAGAUACUGAAAUAGCGACAAGUAAAAUCACUGCCAACACACCCACAACAACAGCAAACAUUAUGGAGGCCUGCGCCCAGGACGAGGCGCCUUCGACAUCAGCAGCUGCUGCGGCAGCCGUUGCUGAGUCAGAGCCCCAACAAGAACAACAACAGCUCCAGCUUGAACCUGCCAUUUCAGCCGAUGAGAUAGUCUAUAAAGAAUACGAAGCCGAGCAUCAAAUGCAUGAUAUAAUGCGUCUGAUACAAGCCGAGCUGUCUGAGCCAUAUUCGAUAUACACGUACCGCUAUUUCAUUUACAACUGGCCAAAACUAUGCUUCCUCGCCGCGCACGAUAAUCAAUAUGUGGGCGCCAUUGUAUGCAAGCUGGACAUGCAUAUGAACGUGCGACGCGGCUACAUAGCGAUGUUAGCGGUGCGCAAGGAGUAUCGCAAGCUUAAAAUUGGCACCACUCUUGUGACCAAAGCCAUUGAGGCCAUGCUUGCUGACAAUGCUGACGAAGUGGUGCUGGAAACGGAGAUGCGCAACGAACCGGCGCUCCGCCUGUAUGAAAACCUGGGCUUUGUGCGUGAUAAACGACUUUUUCGUUAUUAUUUAAACGGUGUGGAUGCGCUUCGCCUAAAGCUCUGGUUUAGAUGAGCCGAAGCAUCUUUAAAUGAUGUUGAAAUUAUUGUCUAGUGGCCGCCAAGCGAGAGCUCUAAAAAGGAUGCCUUGUUUCAACUAUAUAGUUAAAACCCAAUGUUUUCCUUGGGCUGGCUUCCAUACUGUCCACAAGAACGGGACUCUUGUUUGUUUUUUUUUUUUAAUAUAUAUAUAUAUAUAUUUAUACAUAUAUAUGAAUAUUAAUUUUAUUAGGCAUUUGUUUGUCGUUUGAUUUCUUCUCACGUGGCGCAUGACAAACAAUCUUUUGUACCUAUUAACUAGGCUUUACAAUUUUUAUU